UUUUAUUUGCAUGAAAGCUUUCACUUUUGAUUCAUUCGAUACACUACGUUUUGCUGAUGAUACAUCUCUACUUGGACUUGUCGUAACUGAGAACUUUUAAAUGUCGUCUUGCUGCAAUUCCAACUUUUUUUUCACCCCUUACAGCACGAAACACACCCCUUUCGUGGAAAAGCCACAUUUACAUUAUUCGGAGCAGGGAAAGGCUCUUCACUUACUGAUGAAAUACAGAUGGUGUCUCCAUGGAGUGCAUGCCUGUUGUUUGUGCACGUAUAAGCGCAUGCAUGUUCGCAUAUAAAAAGUAUCAGCUCAGUGCCUUCUUUGCUAAAUUGAAGCCAAAAGGAACAACAGACUUUCUUAGCAACAAACCGUCGAAUGUGUUGGAUGUUACUCAGCUGCCUUCAAGGAAACUUGUUCUGUCAUUCGUAACAGCUUCUGGUUGCCUUGCUCUAAUGGCUGAAUGGAGCUGGGUGGCCUACACAGUACUAGAAGUGCUUAUUGCUGCAGCAUGUUGCUUUGGGAAUGUGUUGGUGAUGUGUGCUGUGUGUUUCGGUAUCCGGGAUUCCCUUCGGGAACCAACAUUCUGCUUCCUCGUGUCCUUGGCAGUGGCUGACUUCCUUGUGGGUGUGGCCGCUGUGCCCCUUGCAGUAUUAUUGGAUGGCUGGGUGAGUCUAAUCCCUGAGUUGUGCCUGCUUCUCUGCUGUGUUGUGCUGGUGUUGACGCAGGCAUCUGUGCUAUCACUGCUAGCAAUUGCUGUGGACCGAUACCUGCGGUUGCACACACCACUCAGAUACAAAGCCUUGGCCACACAGAGGCACACAUGGAUCGGCGUGUCUGUUUGCUGGACACUUUCAUGUCUCCUUGGCUUCACUCCUCUAUUUGGCUGGCACAAUUACUCCUCCCCAGCAUGUGAUUCUACCAACACAUCUUCCACUUCUUUCAUCCAUCCGCCGUGCACUUUCCUCUCAGUUAUCUCCCUCCCUUUCAUGGUCUACUUCAACUUCCUCGGAUGUGUCAUGGCACCCCUGCUGGUCAUGACCCUCCUCUACACUCGAAUCUUUUGGAGCCUACAGGGACGUCUAAAGGACAGCUGCCCUCAGACCCAGGCCUCUCUGCUCAGGGAGAAGAGGCUGGCCUGUUCCCUGGCUCUCGUUCUCAUCUUGUUUGCUGGCUGCUGGAUUCCUCUCCACCUGAUGAACUGUCUGCUGUUGUUUCAAGGCCCUCAAGCUGUCACACAGGGAACGCUCUAUACAGGUAUUCUCCUGUCUCAUGCCAACUCAGCAGUCAACCCUGUGAUCUAUGCCUAUCGCAUUCCAAAGAUCCAGCAGGCCUACAGUCAAUUAUGGAGGCGCUUCCUUGCGUGGUUAAACUGUUGCCAUCGGAAAAAAGCAGGUUCGCAGAUCAUUAACAUGCAGCUAAGCCAUUAACACAUACAUCUGGAUAAAGAU